AUGGAAAAGAGCGCGUUGAUACCCGAAACGAUGUAUACCAAAUCCGACGCGUUGAAGGAGGCUAAGGACUUGACGAAGAAUUUGGUGGGUGGUGAUUUUGAACGCCAGUACAAGGAUAAGUCAAAGGAGAAUGGGAAGAGGCGGAGUCAGUGCGUUAUUGUUGGAGUAUCCAUCGGGGUGUUGGCCAUAUGGCUGCUGGUACUGACAUUAGUCAGAGAGGUUCAGCUGGCGCGCCUUCGUGCUGAAGUCGAGCAGCUCACCGCCAACAUGAUCGCAAUGUCCGCGAACGUUAAGUCUCUCAAUGAGAAGCUGUCCAACAAUCGGCUUUUCAACGAAUUCAAAAAUCUAGAGGACACGAUAUACGCCGACGAGGAUCAAGAUGGAAAUCUAGUUGAAGACAUAACGGUAGCUUCGGACAGAAACGUAGUUGAAGAUGUUAAAGAUUCCGACAAGGAUAAGCCAAACUACUCCUUAAAUAAGUUACACGGACUGACUGUUUUAGAAGAUGACGCCCAGAUGGCUGACGAUGAGGAUAUGUAUGAUGGAGACGAUGACGCUGAAAGUGGGGACUGGUAUCCCGACUACUACAAACAAGGUUCCAAGAUUGGCACAACGAAUAUGGUGCACUUAAAACCCGAGGACUUCACCGACACCGUGAUGGUUGUCGACAAAGAAGAGCAGAUCCCGAUCCCAAAUAUAACGGAGAUCAAGCGUCUGCUCAACGAGAACCCUGAAAUACCAGAUAUACAUAUACCGACUAUGCCACUGCCUACUAAAAAAACCGAUGAGGAGGAUAUUCGAGUGAAACGAAGUGUUUUCCCCGACACCAGUGCAGAUGCGAUCGCAGAGAUUUCGGCGCCAAAAGUCAUAUCUAAAACAGAGGAAAGGCGCAAAACGAAAAAGUACUCUUCAAGCACUGAUGCUUCGAUAAGCGGAAAGACUGCGCUGCAUACUGUGACAAGAACAGCGAGGAAUAGCGAUACCGAGGAUAACCCAUACAGAAGACCUUUCAUUGCUGCGCAUUUCCAUGGUAAUACAUCUCAUCUUAGCACCGAGAUUCACGAUAACUUUAAAGGCAAUGGCUUAGUGCGUGUUUCGCAUGGUGCACCUCACGACGUGUGGUACCCGGCGCCAUGGACGCUCGCCUCGCCUCACCCGCGACCCACACUCACCCGCAACGGACACGUGCACGUUCACCACACCGGAGUCUACUUGGUUUACGUCCAGAUUUACUACCUGGACAGCCAUGAUAUAAUAUCUUGGGUGUUGCACCGAACUAAUGCGGACUCAGAAGGCCGCGAUACUCUGCUGCAGUGUGCGCAAUCCUCGCACUCUGUCGAGCCUCUAGAGAAACCCAACUCCUGUUUCUCCGCCGCCGCCUUGUUCCUCCGUGCCGGCGACAGGCUCGCCGUAAGAAACACCGGCGGAGACAGGCACUCGCUCAUGCAACCUGAGAAGAGCUUCAUAGGCCUUGUUAAGCUGGCCGAUGCCGAAGAACCGUAUCAAGAGCUCUAG